UCUGACCUAAGGGUUCUGAGAUAGACGAGUCCCAUGAAAAAAGCCUUGAAACGUGACUCAGUUUAGGGUAAUACAGCCAUCGUAUGCGUUUUCGUAGAAUCACGGUUCUCCCAAAAAAAAGAUUGCAUAUUAACGCUUAUAAGUAAUCUCGUUAAAGCUUACAAGGUAAACGUAGUUACGUGCAAUUACAGUGUUUGCAAUUAAACUGCUGAAAAAGCAUAAAAUCAUCGAUAUUUUCAGGGCGAGGGCACUCGAAAUUGGCGGGAAUGAGAUUGAUAAUCGCAGCAGCUUGAUCAACAAUCAUGACGAUCACAUCGUUGAACAUUGCUGAUGGAUCAGUUACCAAACAAAAAUGGCCAAGAGCAAGAAGAAAAUACAUAAUAGCCCCAGUGAUACUAGUGAUAGUGAUAGUAAUUUUAGUGUUAGCUUUUACGACGAAUGUAUUCUCGAAGAAGACUCACGGGGUAUUGGUACCUCCGAAUCCGACCAAGCCUCUACCGCCGUCUGCUUCCACACUGCACGUGAUGGAUAAAGGAGCCAUUUGUGCAGAUGGUCCACCCUGUGCAGAAAUUGGAAAGGAGAUCCUGAUGAAAGGCGGUUCUGCGGUAGAUGCUACCAUCGCGGCAAUGUUUUGUAAUGGUAUCGUAACUAUGCAAAGUAUGGGUCUGGGAGGAGGUUUUCUGAUGACUGUCUACAUCAAAGAAGAAAAAAAAGCCUACAGUCUGAACGCCAAAGAAAAAGCUCCUAUUAAUGCAAAGAUGGAACUUUAUGAUGAUGCUACGAAAUCUAAAAAUGGGCCUCUGGCAAUAGGCGUCCCUGGAGAAUUAAAAGGCUACUGGACAGCCUAUAAAAAAUUUGGCAAGUUACCUUGGAAGGAUCUAAUUCAGCCAACUAUCGAAUUAUGUGAAAGAGGCUACAAUAUGACUAGACAUCAACACGAUUCUUUGAGCAAGACUAAUCUACACAAUGAUUCUAACUUGAUGAGCUGGUUCAAAGAUAAAGACGGAACCUUUAAAAAAGUGGGAUCGAAAAUUGUGCCUACCAAGCUAUGCAAAACAUUGAGACUGAUUGCUACAAACGGGGGUAACGAUUUGUACAAUGGCACAUUAUCCAAAAUGCUGGUAGAAGAUAUCGAAGAAAUAGGAGGAAUUAUAACAAAAGAAGAUUUGCUAAAAUAUGAGGCCCAAUGGCAACAACCAAUUUCUGUGACCUUCAAUAACGAAGACAGGUUGUUCUCAGCCCCACCACCUGGAUCAGGAGUGCUUCUAGGCCUCAUACUGAACAUUCUGGACGGAUAUAAUUUCACCAGGGCUAGCAUUGACGGCGUGAACAAUACAGUGUUAACGUUACAUCGAAUGAUAGAAGCUUUCAAGUAUGGAUAUGCUAAAAGAACAGAGUUGGGUGACACAGACUAUAACGAGUUAUCUAGGCUACUGAGCGAUUUGACUUCAAAAUCCUACGCAGAGGAUAUCCGAAGGAAAAUCUCGGAUAACUCCACAUCAUAUGAACCAAAAGAUUAUGGCGCCGUAUUUUACAGCAGCGAGGAUCACGGAACAGCACAUCUGUCGAUCUUAGCACCAAAUGGAGAUGCUGUCUCUAUUACCAGUUCUGUCAAUAUAUAGUAAGUACAUCAACCCGUUUCGUCUGUGUCCAAGUCUAGACCUAAGACCUAUACCGCACUGAUGAGUUACUAAUAGUAAGGGAACAGCUCUGUCUGCGGUUGAUCACGAUUACAAAAGACGGAAAGCAAACACGUCCAUUUCUCUAAUAAGUUUCGGGUCAGGUCAUACGUCUAGACAAACAGGUAUAGUAUUGAACAGCGUAAUGGACGACUUUUCUUACCCGAAUUUCAAAAACUACUUUGGUCUGAUUGGAUCGCCCGCCAACGUAAUGGAGCCUGGAAAACGACCGUUAUCCUCAAUGUGUCCCACCAUAAUCAUAGACAAAAACGGAGAGGUAAAAAUGGUCGUGGGGGCUUCUGGAGGAACCAGAAUCACCUCGGCCGUAGCUCAGGUUAUAAUGCGUACCCUCUGGUUUGGAGAUAACUUAAAGGAAGCUAUAGAUGCGCCAAGAGUUCAUCAUCAAUUAAUUCCUAUGGAGACCAAUUAUGAAUAUGGGUUAAUUCAGCCAAUCGUGGACGGUUUAAAAGCUGUAGGCCAUCACAUGAUACGGGAUGUCAGCAGAGGAAGUUCCAUCAUUUGUGGAUUACUGAGAAAAGCUGGAAAAAUCAUAGGCAACGCCGAUUGGAGGAAAGGAGGCGAUGUAUACGGAUUAUAGAUAUCCACAUCGUAUAGACAAACUCAUGUAGAACAAGCCGGAGUGCAUUUUUUUCAUAUCGUUACUUUUAUCCGUUAGAUUGAGAUUAAUUUAUCGCUUAUUUUUUCUUCCGUCGUCAUAUCACAUAGCAACCAAUGAGACUUAAAGAGAUCAAGUGAUAUGUUUCACUGUUACAAGAUGUGUAUAGAACUGAUUUGACUUAUUUUCAAAUCAUGUAUAAAGGUAUUAAUAAUAAAUUAUGAACGCCGUUUUAUUUGUUGUAUUAUUACGCGU